CAUUUAUAUUUAUUUUAAUAUUAUGGUGCAUCCAGGUUGUAAACAUGUGUCAUAAACAUCAGUGGUUCACAGUAAGUUGCAGUGUCAAAGUAUAGACAUGCCAGAGAAGUAAACAGUAAACAGUAAACAGUAAACAGUGAGGCCAGAGUAAACAAAGCGGCCGGGGUCCAGACAGCGCUGAGAGGGCACCAUGUCCCCGUGAGGAUGAGUGGGUGGACCCUCUGUCAGCUGCAGGUGUCCCUUUGACCCUCCACAGACUCAAUGUGUUGGUGUCACAGUCAAGAGGUCUCAGCUGGGAGCAGGUCGCGUCCCGCCUGGCUCGCUCUCGGAUGAUGACAACAAAAAUCAUUCACUUCAUGGUCAACGGGAGGCUGGAGCACGCCGAGUUUGGAGACGACUGCUCGGCCGCAGACGUCAAAGAUCUGUUCCGGGCGGCGGCGGAGGCGGGGCCUCACCACAUCCUGAAGAUGUACAACACAGACGGCAGCGUGCUGAACAUCUCCCCGCGCCUGAAGCCCAACAGCCAGGACUCGUACUACCGACUGGAGGUGGUGGCGUCCGAUCCGAAGAGUGUGGGGCUGCCAAAGGAGCUGGACACCAUGGAGUACAGGCUGCGUCAUCUGGAGAACAAGGUCAUCGAAGACGUGGGGAAGAGUCCGGAUAUUAUCUGUGACCUGAAGAGCCAAGUGGAGUCGUUCAAGAGGAAGCUGGAGAGUGUGGGCCACCUGAGCUGGAUGGGUCUGUUCAAGGAGGACAGCGACCAUCAGCUCUCCAAGAUCUCCAUGAAACCCAAAACGCCUCAGCUGAGCGUGCAGGAGGAGCGCCAACAAGUCCGCAAGAAGUUCCUCAGCAUGAGCUCGCUGCAGGUGACAGAGGAAGUGAGAGAGAAUCUGAAAACCCCCAUUUUUGACAACUGGCAGUGGGAGGAGGCGGAGAUGCUGGUGCUCCUCCAGGUGAUGUUCACCGACCUGGACUUCCUGACGGCGUUCCACAUCGAGCUUGAGGUCCUGCAGAACUUCCUGUUCGAGGUCUACUGCCACUACAACAACAUCCCCUUCCACAACUUCAGGCACUGCUUCUGCGUCACUCAGAUGAUGUACGGGCUGAUCUGGCUGACAGACCUCCGGAGUAAAAUAGCGAAAAUCGACCUGCUGAUCAUGUUGACCUCGGCUCUGUGCCACGACCUCGACCACCCUGGCUACAACAACGUCUACCAGAUCAACGCUCAGACCGACCUAGCUCUUCGCUACAACGACAUUUCACCCCUGGAAAACCACCACUGUGCCGUCGCCUUUAGCAUCAUGUCCAAGCCAGAAUGCAACAUCUUGAAAAACCUGACCUGUGAGCAGUACAAACACAUCCGAGGAGGAAUGAUCAGGUGUAUUCUGGCCACCGACAUGGCGAGACACAACGAAAUUCUCAACAAGUUCAAAUCCAUGCAGCCGGUGUUCGACUUCACCAACAAGGACCACAAGGAAGUGCUGAUGAAGAUCAUGGUGAAGGUGAGCGACAUCUCCAACGAGGCGAGGCCAAUGGCCGUGGCCGAGCCGUGGCUCGACUGUCUGCUGCAGGAGUUCUUCAACCAGAGCGACACAGAGAAACUUAAAGGGCUUCCAGUGACUCCCUUCAUGGACCGAGACAAAGUGUCCAAACCGUCCUCUCAGACCAAGUUCAUCCGGUUUGUCCUCCUGCCGCUCUUCAGUGAGCUCACCAAGCUGUUCCCCUGUCUGGAGCGACACAUUCUGGAGCCGGUGAGGAGGGCGCUGGAGUAUUACUCCGACCUGGAGAGAGCCAGCAAGACGGAGGAGGAGGAGGGGACGGCCAAAGCAUGAGGAAGAAGAAGAGGAGGAAGAAGAAGAGGUCUAAUAGUCUCGACGUUUCCAUCCCCAGGAUGCGUUAGCGGACACAUUAUAUUUAGUGUGCUAGUUACAGCAUGUGAAACAUUAGCUUUUGAAAUAUAACUUAUAUUCUAAGUUAGGAACACAACUGCACCUUAUACGUUUGUUGAUAUAUAAGAUGACAAUCAAAGAUACGUGAUGCUUUUGUUUUUUUCAAUACGUAAUUACUGAUGAUUCAUCUUCUGGUAAAAACCUCUUGAAUGUCUAGAUCUUAAGUUACCAGAGAAAAAAGGUGAGCACACAUUAGCAGGAGCUAGGCAAACAGCUUGUCUCUGGCCUCAACAAUUGCUCAGCUUGUUUCUCUGAUAAGUUAAGAUCCAGACGUUCAGGAGGUUUUUCUCAGGAGCCGAAUUAUCCACAGAGGUCUCUUUCUCUCUAAAACAAACUGAUCAGGUGAUUUAAACUGCUAAAUACACUAAAUAAAGUAGUUUCACAUUAAAAAUCAGUCAUUUUCAGAUGUUGUUUGACACAGCAGGGGCUGGAGCUGAGCUAUAGCUAAUGUUUGCUCAGCUUGUUUCUCUGAUAACUUAAAAUCCAGACAUCCGAUGACUAAAAUUCUUCCUCCAGUUACAACACAUGUAAAAAAAAAAUGACCAAGAUUUUUAAGUUAAUUGUAAAAAUGUGACUUAAAAUUGGAUAUAAAGUCAAUUUAUGCCACGGACAGGCGAUGGCGACUAUAAGAAAAUGAAUUUCUCUGAGUUUGAAUAUUGUUGGAAACGUUUGGGAUAAUAUACCUUAACUGAAUAUAAACACUGGUUUGUUGUUUUUAGACAUUUUAAUGCUAAAAAAUUACAUAUUGCACCUUUAAUACUGUGUGAUGAUCAGUAAAGUUCUGCUCUCCUGCUUGGUAUUAAUCACAUUAUGUUUGAGAUGAUGUCACUGUCUUUCUUUUUUAAGCUGCUCACUGAAUAAUAAAAUUUUUAAAAUAUUGUGUCACAUUAAAAAAGGAAGCAAACCGAACCGUGUUUGUUCACCAUCUGAAGUUUAUUUUCAAUCACUUCAUUUACAAAUUCAAAAAAACAAAAACAAAGUGCAAAUAUCUGUUUUCUGUACGAGUAAUGCAUCGUCCGAUAAAUAGAGUUAAAAAUAAAAAAUAGGCAGGGCUCAAUGUUAGUGUGUUCCAGACAAAAUUAAAUUAAAAAAUGAUCACAAUAAAUCAAUAUAUAUACAACACAGUUAUUUUUUCAAUACAUUCUCUUGGCAUUUAAAAACAAAAACUUGAUCAUUAGCUUCAACAACACGGAGUGAGUUUUCAAAAACUAACUUCCUUCAAAGUUUCCAGUUUUUACGAACCGUUAGCAGCUGGGAGCGCCGACCCACCGAGCUUAUUUUACACUACAACAAAUAUCACGACACAGGAAAUGACCGAGCGGAUAGCAACACUGACCGUGCAGUCGAGGAGCGGGACGCAAAAACAAACAAACAAACAAACAAAAAAAAAAAAAAAAAA